AAUGUUUCAACGAAUAAAUUUAAAUGUGUUGCUUAAUCUAGCCUACUAUCACCUCUUUGCCGAACAUAAAAAGUGACAUUCCAGUUGUAGGACUCUGUGGGAGUAGCCUGACUAAACUAGGUUAUCCAGCGCAGCGCUUGCAACAGACGGGAGGCGGGAACAACUGUGUCACUUUUCCUCACGCAAAACUUCCGGCUCUCUGCCCCACCGGAUGACUGACUGACCGUCCACAGUCGCCGUCAUGUCAAACAACAACGCCAGCGGUAACUUGGCCGUCGCGCAGAAGGCCGUCAAACAGCUGCGGCUAGAGGCGAGCGUACGUCGGAUCAAGGUGUCGCAGGCUGCCACUGACCUGAAGAACUUCUGUCUGCAGAACGCCAACAAAGACCCUCUAUUGAUGGGGGUGCCCUCCAGCGACAACCCUUUCAGACCUCCCAAAUCCUGCACACUGUUCUGAGCUGUCAGAGAGGACGAGGACGAGGAUGAUGAAGAGUUCUGUGCAGAUGUGAAGGACCAGUUCCCCUCCUCCCCCCCUCUACACUCCCCACCCCUCAUCUCUCUCUCUCUUCUCUCUUUCUCACUCUUCCAAGCUCCCUCUUCCCCCUCUCUCUCCAUACCUCUCCCUUCUUCCCCCUCUCUCCCUCUUUUUGUUCUCUCUCUCUAUCACAUUAAACACUACAAACACAUGCACAUAAUGAGAGGAAUGCAAGUCACUGGUUGCAAGCAGUUCAUCUAAUUAAGAGGAAAAGAACACUUAAGAAUGUGCAAUAACAGUGUCAUAGGAUGCCUACAUAAAUGGACACGCACCCCCAAAAGGCAGUUGGCUUUGAUCUGUGUGUGUUUGUGGGGGGGUUGGGGGGGUAUUCCAUCCAUAGUUAAGUCUAGUAAUUAUUAACACCCAUGGCAAAUUUAGAUUUUUAUUUUGAGGUAUUUUCACAUAUCUUCUGCCUGGGAGUUGCUACAUUGCUCUAGAUAUAUUCAUUAAAUAUAGCAUAUAAUUAUAUAUAUAUGCUAUAUGUGUGUGUGUGUGUGUGUGUGUGUGUGUGUUUUUUCUGGGUAAAAUCAGAAAUCAAAUUAAAUCAAAAUUCCUCCUCUAUUAGUUUACUCAUGAGCUCACACCAAGAACGAUAACAAUAACAAUUACUCAUGAGUUAACUUAGGCUAUUUGGUUUAGGGCCGUUCACACCAAAAGUAAUGAUGGUAACGGCAAUAAAGUAUCAUUCUAGCUAAUAUGAAAGACAACGUACACACAGAAUGAUAACGAUAAUGGCUAAAAAGCAUUGUUUUAGCUAAUAUGAAUGAGAAUGUCCACACAUAACGCCAUUGUUGUUACAGUUUAUGUGUAUGUUAUCAUUCAUAUUGGUUAGAACAAUGUUUUUUUUUUUGCUGUUUCUUGGUGUCCAAGAAAGGCCCUUUAGUCAUUAAACAAUGUACUUGGAAUACCCUUCCUGCUCAGCAUCUGGGUCCAGAUGUUAUAAAGUCUGCUGCUACCUCUGAAACCCAGAAUUCACAGUGCCUUGACCUGUUGAGUGUGGCCUUGGUUGCACUUGGUUUCCAUUUGUAGUCCUCCUUAUCGCCUAAUUUGUUUUGUUUAUAAGCAGCUGAAACCAGACAGAGUGAGACACCACCUUUUGCAAUGCAAAACACUUGCAUUCGUCCAUCACAGUCCUUUUCCUGUUCGAUUUCCAAUUUUCUCUUAUUUUUUUUUUAACUGUGUUUUUUUUUUUUUUACUUUACUGUUCAGAGAUAUUUUAAGUUCAUCAAAGUAUUUGGGUUAACACAUCAUUCUAAACUCAUUUAGAUUAUGUAGGUAAAAUUACAGGAGAAUGUUCUGUGCUGUUUGUGGAGCCUACAUGUCUUGUCUGAUAAGGUUUUCAAGUCAUAAAUAAAACAGGAAGCUUGCCUUUCUAUCCCUUUGGUACUGAUGAAAGCUAUCUUACUCUAUUAAAGUAAUUGGGGGGG